GGUAGUCUUUACCUUAGAGAGUUAGAAAAGAGGAGAGCUGAUUCUCCGUUCCCUGAAGAUCAUCAGCUAAUCUUUGGACAAGGAGCUCUUCAGGUAACUGCUAGAGAUGGCAGAAGCUCACCAAGCUGUGGCCUUUCAGUUCACCGUCACUCCUGACGGGAUCGACCUCCAGCUGAGCCAUGAAGCCCUCAAACAGAUCUGUCUCUCGGGCCUUCAUUCCUGGAAGAAGAAGUUCAUCCGAUUCAAGAAUGGAAUCAUCACCGGCGUGUUCCCGGCCAGUCCCUCCAGCUGGUUCAUCGUGGUGGUGGGUGUGAUGUCGUCCACGUACACCAAGGUAGACCCUUCCUUAGGGAUGAUCACAAGGAUCAGCCGGACCCUCGACAGCACAGGCUACAUGUCUCCCCAGACGAAGGACGUGGUCAGCGGCCUGCUCUUUGGCACAGGCCUGUGGGUGGCGCUCAUCUUCACCAUGCGCUACUCCCUGAAGGUGCUCCUGUCCUACCAUGGCUGGAUGUUCGCCGAGCACGGCAAGAUGAGCCGUGCCACCAAGAUCUGGAUGACCAUGGUCAAGAUCUUUUCAGGUCGGAAACCCAUGUUGUACAGCUUCCAGACCUCUCUGCCUCGCCAGCCAGUGCCAGCCGUCAAAAACACCAUGAAGAGGUAUCUGGAAUCAGUGAAGCCUCUUAUGAAGGAGGAGGAAUUUAAGCGGAUGACAGAGCUUGCCCAAGAUUUUGCUGUCAAUCUUGGACCAAAACUGCAGUGGUAUUUGAAGUUAAAGUCCUGGUGGGCUACAAAUUAUGUGAGCGACUGGUGGGAGGAAUACAUCUACCUCCGGGGCCGGGGGCCGCUGAUGGUGAACAGCAACUACUAUGCCAUGGAGUUGCUGUACGUCACUCCGACUCCCAUCCAGGCAGCGAGAGCGGGCAACACCAUCCACUCCAUCCUGUUGUACAGACAGAAGCUGGACCGGGAGGAAAUCCAACCAAUUCGUCUCGCUGCUUCCAUUCCCCUCUGCUCGGCGCAGUGGGAGCGGUUGUUUAACACUUGCCGGGUUCCAGGGGAGGAGACAGACACCAUCCAGCACCUCAAGGACAGCCGGCACAUUGUCGUAUUCCAUAGGGGGCGCUACUUCAAGGUCUGGCUGUACCACAAUGGGCGGCUGCUGAAGCCCCGAGAGCUGGAGCAGCAGAUACAGUGGAUCCUGGAGGACCCGUCGGAGCCGCAGGCCGGGGAGGCCAAACUGGCUGCCCUCACAGCGGGAGACAGAAUACCCUGGGCCAAAUGUCGUCAGGCCUACUUUGCCCGUGGGAAAAAUAAGCAGUCCCUGGAUGCUGUGGAAAAAGCAGCAUUCUUCGUGACGCUAGAUGAAACUGAACAAGGGUACAGAAAGGAAGACCCAGAAGCAUCCUUGGACAGUUAUGCUAAGUCCCUCCUGCACGGCCAGUGUUAUGACAGGUGGUUUGACAAGUCCCUCACGUUUAUUGUCUUCAAGAACGGCAAGAUAGGUAUGAACGCAGAGCACUCCUGGGCGGACGCACCCAUCGUGGCCCAUCUGUGGGAGGAAAUCAUGGCCACCGACUGGUUCCAGCUGGGCUAUGAGGACGAUGGACACUGUAAAGGGAACACCAACCCCAACAUCCCCUACCCCACCAGGCUACAGUGGGACAUCCCCGAAGCAUGCCGGGAAGUGAUAGAAACUUCUCUGAGCAGCGCGAACCUUCUGGCAAACAAUGUGGACAUGCAUUCUUUCCCAUUCCACGUCUUUGGUAAAGGGCUAAUCAAGAAGUGCCGGACCAGCCCGGAUGCAUUCAUACAGCUUGCCCUACAGCUGGCUCACUACAAGGACAUGGGCAAGUUCUGCCUCACGUAUGAGGCCUCCAUGACCCGGCUGUUCCGUGAGGGGAGAACGGAGACGGUGCGCUCCUGCACCACGGAGUCCUGCAACUUCGUGCUGGCCAUGGUGGACCCCACCCAGACGGUGGAGCAGAAGCUCAAGUUGUUCAAGGCAGCAUGCGAGAAACAUCAGCUCCUGUACCGCCUGGCCAUGACCGGCUCUGGCAUCGACCGCCAUCUCUUCUGCCUCUACGUGGUCUCCAAGUACCUCGGUGUGGAGUCCCCUUUCCUUAAAGAGGUUUUAUCUGAGCCUUGGCGAUUGUCUACGAGCCAGACCCCACAGCAGCAGGUGGAGCUCUUUGACUUCGUGAAGUACCCGAACUAUGUGUCCGGUGGAGGGGGCUUCGGGCCGGUUGCUGAUGACGGCUACGGCGUGUCAUACAUCAUUGUGGGAGACCACUUCAUCCACUUCCAUAUUUCUUCCAAGUUCUCCAGCCCCGAGACAGAUUCUCACCGCUUCGGGAAGCACCUAAGACAAGCUAUGAGCGACAUCAUCGCCUUAUUUGGGCUCUCAUUGAACUCCAAAAAGUAAUUCCCCUGGUACCACUGCGAAGGGAACCAGACUCUUCUGAAAACAAACCAAAUGAAGAAUAGGUAUUAAUCCCGGGUGUAGUUCCGGAUGAAAGUUGCUUUUAGAAAAGUCAGAAGUUUUCCUUCCAGAAAGGGCUUGUUGUUUCUAUCUCCCUGGAGCGAUAGCACGCUAUGAAGUGUGACCCUACUACUUCCAGGUUGGCCCUGGACACACCUUUCCCACCAGGCUUUGCACCUGCUUGUACUUAUUAAGGGAUUAGAAUGUUACUGAGUUAAUGAAGGAAUUAGUAGGGUUGUGGCUUCACAUGCAUUGCAAAUGUAAAUGACACACUGCCAGGGAGGUGACCAAGUACUCAGACACAGUGGUGUAAACAUCUGUCUCAUGAAGAAGAAAUGUUUCUGUUGGCUAUGGUAACCGUUACAGCUAACACACAGUGCGCUAACUGAAAAUGCCAUACUUGGGGUUGUCUCUGGGGGUGCCAGUCCUUGGUUUGGUAGCCUGUGAGUGCAGCGCCUCAGCCUCUGAGUUCCUGAGCCUGCAAUGUCUUCAAACCCAGUGCCUUAAAGAUCAAGGCCCUCAGGGUAGGGCAGGGGAGGGGCAUAGGAAAUGUUAAUUUUGUAUCAUCUUUGGGUGGAACUGAAGGUGGGGUUGUUGCUCCCUUCUCAGUUUGAUGGGUGUGGGUAACCCUAAAUAAAUGUUUGCUAUGGCUCCCCUCCCCUAGAAGACCAGUCUCUCCCACUAGGUGGAGACAGGCUGGGUGAUGCUGGGUUCUCCUCAUUGGCCACCUUUCUGCCGUCGUUAGACAACAGAAGAGAUCAGGUGUGUGUCAGGGGAGCUGAGGACAUGAUGGCUAGAUAUUCCUUAUCUGGAGACAUGGCUGAAGAAUAAAAUACUAUGUGUGCCUCAGAUGAACAUGUGCCCUGCUGACAGUGAGGAGAGACCGAGACCCUGACCACUGGGACAGCAGCGGAGCUUUGGGGAGGGCAAGGCAGACCUGGAGACACAGGUCCUGGACACCAGUAGGGUUUACUUCUGACCCAGCCUGGUCAGAGAGAAGACCUCCUCCUGUUUCCAGAGCCGGUGAAAGUGGCUGGAAACAGCAGGCUGGGUCCUCUGGGCAGCAGACCCAGGUGUCACAGGUGAUGGGUGCUAGGUCCACACAGCCUGUCUGUAGAUAGGAGUGCCUUUAUCAGAAGCGCCUGAUUGACCACAAAGCAAUUAUGCACUGAUCAUCUUCAGUAUUUACUGUAGACAUGAAGAUCACGGGGUGACAUUCCCACUGCCUCUCUCCGGCCUGUUGUGACAAGCUUAGCUGUCCAUUUUUUAAACUGCAUAUUUAUUUUUCUGACCACUUUGCCUUUGCCGGCUUUGCUUCCCUUCUUGUUUCUAUGCUGUGGUGCAACAAAAGUGAGAGUGAACUACAGGAGGAGACACAGGCACUUGCUAAUAAACAAUGUGUACUUAUUCAUGUAUAUUUUGCAUUGUAAAAAUCCCACCUAAAUGGGCCAAAGAUUCUUUCUCUUAAAAGUAAGAAGGAACAAAACAAAAGGAAAAAAAUAGAAAGUAACAACUCCCCGCCAAUCUUCUGCAGUGCACAGUCAGGCAGGUUGGGGGAGAAAUCACCCCCUCUGCCCAGGGCAAGCAUAGCUUCCAGGCCAGAGGCCGCAGCUGACGGCAGUCUCUGUCUGAGCCACCAGAAGCAUGAAGUAGUGACCACUGACGAGUCUGUCACCAUGCGUUCACACAUGAAUUUGGGUGUAGACAUGUUAGUGCUCAAACAUGUUUGGGCUUCUUUCUCAGGUUUUAAAUGUUUCAAAUGUCAUUGUUGCUAAUCAGUGCAGUUAUCAAUGCAAUUUUAUAUUCUUUAAAAGGAAGAAAAGUGGGUUUUUAUUGUACA